AUGAAGGGCAAAGAAGACAGAGUGUACAAGUUAAAGAAAGCACUCUAUGGCUUGAAGCAAGCACCUCGUGCGUGGAAUAUGAGGAUUGAUGACUACUUUCAAAAGAAUGGAUUUCAGAAGUGUCCCUACGAGCAUGCACUAUACAUAAAGAUGGAGACAAAUGGAAGCAUGCUGAUAGCUUGCCUAUAUGUUGAUGAUCUGAUCUUCACUGGCAACAAUCCAGAGAUGUUUGCCGCUUUCAAGAGGAGCAUGGUCAAAGAAUUCGAAAUGACGGAUAUUGGCCAGAUGGCUCACUUCCUUGGCAUAGAAGUCGUGCAAAGUGAGAAAGGAAUUUUCAUCUCCCAAAGCCACUAUGCAAAAGAAGUAUUGAAGAAGUUUGGGAUGGACAAAUGCAACCCAGUGACAACUCCAGUUGAAACAAGAUUGGAGUUGAGAAAGAAUGAGCAAGGAGAUGUUGACCCCACAUAUUUUAAGAGUCUGGUUGGAAGCUUGAGGUAUUUGACGUGCACCAGACCAGAUAUACUCUAUGGAGUUGGACUUGUUAGCAGAUACAUGGAGACUCCUGACCAGUCCCACCUGAAUGCAGUGAAAAGGAUACUCCGAUAUGUCAAAGGUACCAUCACCGAUGGUAUGUUUUAUUCAUCAAGAGGUGACUGCAGACUUAUUGGCUAUUCAGAUAGCGAUUGGGGAAGAGAUCUUGAUGAAAGAAAAAGCACAACUGGAUUCACAUUUUUCAUGGGAGAUACAACGUUUACAUGGUCUUCAAAGAAGCAACCCAUCGUAACAUUGUCAUCAUGUGAAGUUGAGUAUGUUGCUGCCAGCUCGGCUAUUUGUCAUGAUAUAUGGAUUAGGAAUGUACUGAAGUAUCUGGGAUUUCUUGAAGAUAACCCCACAAAAGUUUACAUCGACAACCGAUCAGCGAUUGCAUUUGCGAAAAAUCCAGUUUACCAUGAAAGAAGCAAACAUAUUGAUACUCGGUAUCAUUUUAUCAGGGAGCAUGUCAAGAAGAAAGAAGUGGAAUUGAUAUCUUGCAAAACGUAUGAUCAGAUUGCUGACAUUUUCACAAAG